UUACUUAGUACAAGAUAUGUCUGGGCGCGGCAAAGGUGGGAAGGGUCUGGGCAAAGGAGGCGCUAAGCGCCACCGCAAAGUCCUGCGCGACAAUAUUCAGGGUAUCACCAAGCCAGCCAUCCGACGCCUGGCACGGCGAGGAGGCGUUAAGCGCAUCUCAGGCCUUAUAUACGAGGAGACGCGCGGAGUUCUUAAGGUGUUUUUGGAGAAUGUGAUCCGCGAUGCAGUUACCUACACGGAACAUGCCAAACGCAAGACAGUCACGGCCAUGGACGUGGUUUACGCGCUCAAGCGCCAGGGUCGCACCCUCUAUGGCUUUGGCGCGAUUCUACAUAAGCAGUCUCUAAGGUUUAUUGCGGUUCGGUGCCCCUUUCAGCAUUACUUAGUGGUUAAAAGUGUCGCCUACUUAGCAAUGGCACGGACAAAGCAGACAGCUCGCAAGUCCACCGGCGGCAAAGCGCCGCGCAAGCAGCUGGCCACCAAGGCGGCUCGCAAGAGUGCUCCGGCCACCGGUGGAGUCAAGAAGCCCCAUCGCUACCGCCCCGGCACCGUGGCUUUGCGCGAGAUCCGCCGCUACCAGAAGUCAACUGAGCUGCUAAUCCGGAAGCUACCUUUUCAGCGCUUGGUACGGGAGAUCGCACAGGACUUUAAGACCGACCUGCGCUUCCAGAGCUCGGCGGUGAUGGCGCUGCAAGAGGCUUGCGAGGCCUACCUGGUGGGGCUAUUUGAGGACACCAACCUGCGUUGUGUACGACUCGUCUUGCUCAUCAUGUCUGGCCGCGGCAAAGGCGGGAAGGGUCUUGGCAAAGGCGGCGCUAAGCGCCACCGCAAGGUGCUGCGUGACAACAUCCAGGGCAUCACCAAGCCGGCCAUCCGGCGCCUUGCUCGCCGCGGCGGCGUGAAGCGCAUCUCUGGCCUCAUCUACGAGGAGACCCGUGGGGUGCUGAAAGUCUUCCUGGAGAACGUGAUCCGGGACGCUGUGACCUACACGGAGCACGCCAAGCGCAAGACGGUCACCGCCAUGGAUGUGGUUUACGCGCUGAAGCGCCAGGGACGCACCCUCUACGGUUUCGGCGGUUAAGCGUCCUAGUCUACCAAGAAAAGGCCCUUUUCAGGGCCCCCACUUUCUCAGUU